UAGCCUUACCUACGGAAGAAGAGAAGAGAAGGCCGUUCGGUACGCUUACCGAGACAUCGGGGCUUGUCGGGAUACCAUUGGCCGUCCGCCCUGCACACGAUCGUACCAUUCCCGGCCAAUUCAAAUCCGUCGUAACACCGUAACCUCACUCUUCCGAAAAUAGAAAAACAAAAAAUGGUCACGAAACGGUAACAGUUGUUUUGGCGUGGUCAAGAACGCAAUGGCCGAACAAAACGACCACUCGAAAAAACAGUCAUCGAGUAAAUCAAACUCCCCCCAACACAAACCCACGCACGACAGAAACAAACACCCGGGAGUGAACAAAGCUCAGAAUAUUUUCGGAGUGAGCGAUUUGCGCGAGCUGCUGAAUAAGAAACGGAACGAAUACGGCGCGAAGGAUGACACCAUACCCAAGGAGCGAGCGAAAGCUGACAAUCCGCCUCCUGAUCCCCGGUAUGGUUACCUGAGGGAUCCUUUGAGAGAUAGUCGGCCUCAAUCGAAAGAAACAAAGACGGUUAAAAUUGUGAACAAGAAAGGUAGCAAAAAAUAUCCGAAUGUGGACGAGAAGGCCAAUUUAAAAAGGGACAACCUGCCCAAUAUUAAGGUAGAGUUGCGAGUGGCCACUGGGUCUAGAAACUGUGUCGUUGACGAAGCCAGUAGGAUAAAACCUCUAAAUCGGAUAUCGGAAACGUCAAUGCACAGUAACAGGUCACAAGAAGGUCAUGGGAGCGGCAGCAGAUUUAGAAAGGAACCCAUUCAUGACGACCGAGCUCGACAGAGGCCGAAAACUAGUAAUCAGAGAGUAAAUUUUGAGAAGAAAGCUCAAGGUAAAGAAGACCAGCGCAAACUAAAUCUCGACGACUCUCGAUUUACUGAGGGAGGUGGUAAAGGGGUGCGAGAUGCAGGCGGAGAAGGUAAUGACGAAAGUGUCGCAUAUUUGGAGGAAAAAUUGCGUGGAACUCUGGUCAUAGAGUCGUCCACAAAGGUUUCUAAUUAUGGCUCUGGAGCAAGGGACGAGGUGGACUCUGGAAGCACAGCAGAGGCAAUCUGAUAUUUUUGACUGUUGCAAUUGUAUCGGUUUUGUUGUUUUAUGGUACUAUUUAUAUUUAUUUAUUGAUUUUUGGAUUUGUUUGUGUUGUUUAUAUUUUUUUAUUUAUUAGAAAAAAUAUGAUUAAUCAAAGCCGUAUUUGAGUAAAAAUAUAUA